AUGAAGAAGAAGAAAGUGACUCGAAAGCCUGCAUCUAGAGCUCGGACUGAGGAGACUAUUACAACAUCGAUACUUCCUGAAACCUCCAUUCAGAUUCAGACUAAUUUACAGACUGAGGUAGAUGUUUCUUUGCCUGUGUUGGAAGGAAAGCAGGGAUUGAAUUCGCAGGGGCCGAGUACAGAGGGUAAUCAACUUCACCUGGUGGAUGAUGAGUUGGUUAAGGACAUGGAUUCAAAUGUCGGGAAGGAUGACUUUCAAGCCUCUGCCCAAUCUCAUUGGGUGAAUCUCAGAGAUAAGCUUCAGCUUAAUGAAACGUCAAAACUUCAUUAUGAGGAACCCAUGUUGAAAAAUGGAAAGAAAGUAGCCCAAAUUGAUUUGGAUGAGGUAUCUGAACAGGCUCAGAAUUGGAAUUCAGCUAUGAUAUGUAUGGUUUUGGGUGCUAAUCCCCCAUUUGCUGUGUUUGAAGGUUUUGUUAAAAGAAUUUGGUGUCAUUUGGGUGUUGAACGGGUAGUGAGGAUGCACAUGGAUCUCACCAUUGUCAAGUUCAAUGAUGAGGCUGCAAGAGAUUUUGUUUUGGAGAAUGGAAUUGUGCAGUUUGAUAGGAAGCCGGUUAUUGUGAGACCUUGGACUCAAGAUCUUGAUUCGAUCAGACUAGUGCGAUCUGUUCCAUUAUGGAUUCGGUUGCCAAAUCUUGGUCUGCAGUAUUGGGGGAAAAAUUGCUUAAGUGUCUUGGUUAGUACAAUUGAGAAACCUAUUAUGGUGGAUAAGUUUACAAAGGAUAGAUCUAUGAUAAGGUUUGCUAGAGUUCUGGUUGAGAUGGAGAUUACAGAUGACCCUCCUUUCAUCAUCCAUUUUGUCAAUGAACGUGGACAAAUUCAGGAGCAAUUUGUGGAAUAUGAAUGGCUUCCCAUUAAGUGUUCGACCUGCAAAGGUUAUGGCCAUAAUGCAGCAGAAUGCAAGAAAACUGAAACAAAAGCUUGGGUUACUAAGAGCAAACUAGAACAAGAUUCGACCAAUCUUGCUCCAGAUAUUGUGGUUACUAAGGCCAAAGCAGGAGAGACAUCUGAGGUUCAAGAGGAGCCUAAAGUUGUGGAUACAAAGAAUAAUACAACUGAAACAGUUACACAUGAGGCUGCUAUUCAGGACAGGGCUCCGAUUCAAGAGAAUAAAUUAAAGGGUGAUAAGGUUCAAGAUAUGAUUUCUAAAGUGAUGGUUGGCUGGGAUUACUAUAGUAGUACGGCAACUGAAGGUAGGAUACUGGUUCUGUGGAGGAGAUCCUUUGUCAAUGUUCAGGAAUUGGUUAUUACAUUUGUUUAUGGGUUUAACUUGUUGACUGAGAGGUUGGAUAUGUGGAGGGGUUUAUCUUCCCUGUCAAUUCUGAACAUGCCAUGGCUGGUUGUAGGAGAUUUUAACGCAGUGUUUAAUUUUGAUGAUAGAGUGGGAGGAAGGGAGAUUAGUGCAAAUGAGACUGUUGAUUCUACUACAUGGCUAGCUCAUUCUCACCUUGCUAAACUCAAAUGUGUUGGUUCAAACUUUACCUGGUCUAAUAAACAGGAGGGGGGAGAUCGGGUCUAUUCAAAAAUAGAUCAUGCAUUUAUCAAUGAAGGUUGGAUAGACUCUCUGCUAAAUUCCAUUGCUGAGCUACAUUGGGAGGUUUAUUCAGAUCAUUGCUUUUUCCUCAUUAAGACUCUCACGGUUGGGAAUUUAGGAGUGCAACCUUUCAGGUUCUUUAAUUGCUGGAUUACUCACAGCAAAUUUAAAGAAACUGUUAUGGCAAAUUGGAUUAAGCCUAUGACAGCUAGAGGCUUAUAG